ACCACUGGAGUGUGAUGUGUGUUCGUUAAAUUCGCUCGUCGAUUUUUCAAUGUUUUCAUCGGUAAAACACUCAAAAAUUUACAAAAAACAUAAAAAAGUGAAUAAAUUAAUUAAUAACGAAUGCAUUUGUGUUAAAACUAAUUCAAUUAUAAUUGAAUUACUAUAAAAGAAUUGUGAUUGAAAAAAUUAAAAAUUUUGUUCGUGUACAAUUUUCAAGGAAAGGAAAAAAAACUCAUUUUCGUUCGCCUUCGCCCGUUUCAUUUUGGGUUUUGCUUUCUUCUUGUCUUGCUCUGCCUCUGCCUUUGCAUCAGUGUGUUUCUGUUUCUCUUUUAAUUUUCUCAUUUGUCGUCGACUCGUCCGUCGUUUUGCGUUCUCGUACCGUAGCCUGUCGCGCUGAAGCUGCUAAAGUAGUAGAAGUUGAAUGUGGUGAUUUUUCCCUGUCUCAUCCACCAUCCACACACCAUACCACACGGACACGGACAAACCAAAAACCGAAACCACCACCAUUUUCAUUGUCGCUGUUGUCGUCGUCUUCUUCUUCGUCGCCGUUGUCGCUGUCGUCGUCGUCGUUGUGUCGUGUGUUUCGUGUACAUUCAACAUUGCCGUCGCCGCCGCCGUAUUCGUAUUUCUGUUUCGCUUGUUCUGCAUUUUCUCUAUAUGUUUUGUGUUUAAGUGAAUGGGAGAGAUAUACAUAGAGAAAAAGAGAUCCCAAAAACCGUAUAUAACAAAAAUAUUACAAAAAAUUGUUAAGUGAAUUUCAAUAUUAUUUCCAUUCAAAAUAAUAUAAAAUUUUGUGGUGAAUAAGAAAAUUUGGUGUUUAUUAAUGUUUAAUUAAAACAAGCUACGUCUAAAAUCUUGACAUAAGAUUCACAUUAGAGAAAAACUCAAGUGGUUCCAAAAAAAAAAAAAGUAUAUUCCCUAUGCAUUGGGGAGAGUAAUCUAUGUAUCCACGAGAUUGCAAAAUACUACAAAAUACACCAAACACUCACACAUCCAAACACACUCGCUCAUGUGUGUAGAUUCAAAUUCAACAUACAAAAAUUCAAUUUCGGAAGCUUAUAGAGAACUUAUCUCCUUUGUGGAUAAAAAAAUAAAGCAGUUUUUAACGAAAUUCGAGAAUAAAAACAUUUCGAACUCGAAAUUCACAUCAAAAAUGUCAAAAUCAAUUUCGACUUUUUUUUAGACGUGAUUGAUGGACGAUGGCAAAAAAUUGAUUUACCAAAUAAAAAAUCUAAAAAAAAACGAAAAGAAGUCUCUCUGGAAGUGUCUACCAACUAGAAUAUAAAGUGUGCAGCUAGAAAAGUGGUGAUCAUCAUUAUCAUCCAGGAAAGAAAUCAUUAUUAUUCGUCUUCGACGUCUCUUCAGUAGUCACCAUCUCUACCAGUCUGUGCGAAAUCGAAAAAUUAAAUCUUUGCUAAAUUCGAUAAAAUUGCAAUUUGCAUAAUUUGACAUUUCCACUUGACAUUUUAUUGUUCGUGAGGUGAAAUACACAUCCUUGAGAAGGAUAGUCCCAAUAAAAGAACAGAAGAAGGAAAAAAAAAACAUUGUAACUAAUAAAUAAACAAAAAAAGUGAGAAAAAAAAACAUACAUAUUUCCGUGAGUUUUUUUUUGUGUGUGCUUUUUCGUCAUUCGUGUGGUGAGAUUGUGUGUGUUAAUUCGCGGUUAAUAAACUCACGUCUUCUUCAUCGUCCCUGUCGGUUUCUCCGUCGUCUUCGUCGUCGUUCUCGUUGUCGACGACGUUCUCGUUGUCGUUGCCGUUCUCCCCACACACACCGGUUCGGUGUUUCUCUUUGCCUAGCAAGUGUGUUGAAUAUAUUAUGAUUUCCAUGAUAAAGAUGAUAAGUGUGUGGUAAAAAGUGCGUGAAAUUAAAAUUGAGUUGAAAAUUAACAGAGUUUUGGCUAAAAAUUAUUACCAACAAAUUUGUUGUUUUUAACUCUGGAAUAUUUUUAUAUUGUGAUAGAAAAAAUAUAAAAUAUAAAAAUUCAACACGAAAAGUUGAAUUUCUUAUAAAAGAAAAUUUCAUAAAAAUUCAAUUCAAUUCAACUCCUGGCAAUGUGCAGUGUGUGCGUGUUUGUUUAGGAAGAGCGAGAAAGAUAUAUAUAUUCGUAAAUUGUGUGAAAUCUUCUGUGUCGUUUUGUCUACCUACAUUCCCAUCAUCAUACAACAACAAAAACAACAACAACAAAAAAUCUUCAUUGGAAAAAAAGGAUAAAAAUUCUCCAACACACACUGUGUUCAUUCUCAUCAUCAUCAUCAAUUAAACAAAAAUAAUAAGAAAUAAAAAGAAAAUAAAUAAAUAUAUAGAUGUGUUAUUCUAAAAUUGAAUUAAAGGAAAUAGAAGUUUAAUUAAUUUACCACAGUGUGUGGUAAAUAUAUAAAAUUUUAUCGAAACAAAUUUGUACCCCACACAAGUGUGAUUUUAUUCGUUUAUUAUCUUAAAAAAAUUCUUGGUGUCUUUUUAACAUCUAUCUAUAUAUAUUAUAUAUAUGUGGUUUAUCGUUAUCCUCGGAAUGUGUCGUCGUAGUGAAUAGAAAGAGCGAGUCCGUCGGGAAAAAAGGAAACGAGAAUUCACAAAAUAAAAGAAAAAAGAAAAAAAAAACAUGUCGGUUCGUCUUCGUUUUCGGUGUCAUCCUCAUCGUUGUUGCGUUCUUGUCUAUAGUUCGUAGUUUCUUCAUCAGAAGAAUUAAAUUAAAGUGGAUAUAAAAUUUUGUCCGUCUCGUCUCGAUCUCGACGUCUUGACGUCUCUAAGAAGGAGCCAAAGCCAAACAUCGCCCAGGAUUAACACUUACUUGUUAAUUGUAGUUUAUUAGUUGGGAAAUUAUAACAAAAAAUAUUUAAACAAAAAAAAAACAGGGAAACAAAAUUAAAAUUUUCCCCGAGGAAUAUUGGAAUAAAAGAACGAAAAGGAAGGAAGGAACGGCAGAAAAAAACUCCAUCAAAAGAUUCUAAAUGCAUUGGAAUGUAGUCGAUUCGUUGUUAAAAAUCGCUUAUCGUCAGCUGAUUACAGUAACUUCAUUCCAUCGCAUCGCCUAAGAAGCGGUGUGUAAGAAAAUCUGCUGCUAAUAACAGAAGACACAACAAACAAAAACAAAAAAAAAACAAUCAGCCAUGAGCUUCAAUGGGAUGAUGAUAAUGUUCAUUGAUAAAUAAUCCCUCAGCGAUGAAACCAUCACCGAAUCAUACACAAACGCUGCAAAUGCACCAGCAGCAACAACAACAACAACAGCAGCAGCAACAACAAUUACAACAACAACUGCAUCAACAACAGCAAUCGCAUGAUCAAUUAACUUUACCACCACCUGCCCCACAUAAUUCAUCAGGCAGCAUAGCAAACACUACAACCACAACAUUCCCCUAUCACUUACAAUUGCCACCUCCAUCGCCAACAUCAACUAUCACCGCCAUCUCAAAUAGUGUUGCCAAUAACAAUAAUAACAUCAACAAUGCCAGCAAUGAUUUUGUUGAUUCAGAUCCUGAAUUAACAAGCAGCACAGCUGAUGGCAGCAUACCGCCACAUCAUGCCGGCGGAGGUGCAACAAAUGGCAAUAGUUUAAACGCCAAACAGCAACGUCAACAAAAACGUCGACGUGAGCGAGCCCAACGAAUGCAAGCGGAACGCGACAAUCGCGUUUGCAGUGGCGGCGGAGGUGGUGGGGCGGGUAGUGUGGGCGAAGAUAGCAACAAUUCCAGUGGUAAUCUCACAACAAGCAACAGUAAUGGCAGCAGUGGUAGUAAUUUAAUUCCACCAACGGAUAGUAUUGCUUCGUUAUUAUUAAAUCCACCAAAUUCGCCUGAAGGGCAUACGGGCCUAAUGGCAGCACCUAGUGAUUCAGAGGGUGAGAGUUUGGAUGAGGAUUUAUUGUCGACGUCAUCGUCGUCGACGUUAUUAUUGCCAAGAGAUAAACCGCCGCCACGUCCACCACCGCCGGUGCGAAGGAAAUUACCAAAAUCACCGGUGCUCGAAGAGGAGAUUAUUGAUGGAUUUGCUAUUCUUGAAUUCAAGACUUAUGAGGAUUUAGAGUUUGCUAUUAAAUUGGGCCAAAAACGAAAAGAAAAACGUUUAUCAGCACUCGAAGAACUCACAAGCACAUAUUGUUUAGAAGAUGUUAAACUACCGAAAAUUAUUGAUACAGGUCAACCACAUCCUGUACGAGGUAUUACAAAUUUAGUUGGAGCAGUUGCAUUAAAUUUACCUGGUAUUGAAAAAGACUUGGUAGUGGCAAAUAGUCGUGAACAACAACAUUGGAACAACAACUAUCAAAAUAGUAAUUUAGUACAUAAUAAUAAAGUAAAUCAAAAUCAAAAUCUAAACCUAAAUCUAAAUAAUAAUAACAAUAGUAAUAAUAAUAAUAAUAACAAUAACAAUAGUAAUAGUAGCGAGAACAACAAUAGUGCAAGUAAUAAUGUAAAUUUAAAUAAUUUAAACAGUAUAAACAAUACUUUAAAUAUAAAUAAUAAUAACAACAACAACAGCAGCAGUAACAUCAGCAACAACAAUAGUAGUAGUAAUAGUAACAACAUCAACAAUACCAACAGUACUAAUAGUACCAACACCACCACCAACAUCAAAAACAACAAUGGCAAUAGUAAUAGUAGUAGCAGUAUUGGAAAUGGCAGCAGUGGUGUUGCUAUUGAAGAAACAAUGACAACAGCAACACCAACAACAAUUUCAACAUCAAUAACUCCCAGCACACCAAUGGAUACUUCAACGCCAUCAGACUUGUUGGAUAACAUCAGUGACAUUACUGCCGGUGGUAAUGGUAAUGAUAACAUCGUCAACAACACCAACACAAACAACAACAGCAACAAUAACAACAAUAGCAAUAUCAAUAAUGGUAUUGUCGCUGCUAAUGUUAUUAGCAAUGGCAACAGUGAUGUUGUUGUUAACAAUAGUAAUAGUAGUAGUAUUAGUAAUAGUAGUGUGAACACAAACGUAACUGCAAUGUCAGUGGAUAGUUUAAGCAAUAAUAUUGUGGCAAUAGCUGAAGAAACAUCAGUGAAUUGCACAAAUAAUGUCACAGUGACAGCUAGUGGAACAGUAGCUGUCACAGUGGCAAGCUGCAUCAACAACAGCAACACCAAUAACAACAACAUUAAUACAAUAAGUCAAAUAAGUCAUGCUGAAAGUGCUGCAAACACAAAUAUCGAAAUGAUAACCAGUCAUGCAACACAUAAUUCAAUUACACUCGCUCAAGAUGCUGGUACGUCUGAUGAUAGUGGUAGAGCUUCGGAAAGAUUAACAACAUCUUCAGUUGCACCAAGGGAUGCGGAUAGCUCCAGAGAUCGACUUAGUGAUGCAAGCAGUAGAUGCAGUUCCGGCAAAGGAUAUAUCUGUGAUAGUGAAGGAGACGAUGAUAAGGGUUCUGAUGGAGGGUCAGUGGUUUUUCCAUCCACACCAACACAAGUUACAAAUACAACACCCAGCCCAACAACACCAAGAAAAUCAUCGGAUUUUCCAAAUCAAACUGGUCUGCCUCUCAGCAACGGGCCAUUGGGGCUGGGAGGCAGUGCUAGUCCAGUUCCUGUUCAAUCGCCAACAGCAUCAGCAGCUGCGGGUGGCGUUAAAGGCAGUGUUGUUGGUGGUGGUGGCAUUGGUAUGGCCGUUAGUGUUGGUCCUGGUCAAACACAACAACCAGCACCGUCACCGGCACCAGCCGCGUUACCACCACCAAACCUGCCACCGCCUUACACAACAACACCAAUGCAGGUCUCUAAUGGUCCAAUAAGCACACAUUUGUUGCCGAUCUCAACACAACCGCAAAUGGUGACGGGUCAUAUAAAGCCAAUUUCUGCAACAUCAAAAAUUCCUCCGACUAGCACAACAACGUCGUCGCCCAUUAAUAAGCUGCAACAGCAACAACAACAACAGCAACAGACGCAACAGCAACUGCCUCAUUCUCCACAAACGGCGACAUCAGCAUCUCCUAAGCCUCCCGGCUCUAUUCAUUCACCAGUUGGCAUUAGUCCUUUAAUUGGCUCUCCACUAACAACAUUGGCAAACGGCUUUGCCUCGUCAAUACCACCAUCGAUUACCACAUCGCAUCCCAUUAGCAGCUCGAGAGUUUCACCAACAUCUCCAUCAAUACAACCUCAGCAGCAACAUCCGCAAUUGCAACAGCUGACGCAGGCGCCACCACAAAUGCAAGUUACGACCAAUAACAGCGGCAAUAAUGGCAACAGCAUCAAUAGCAACAUCAGCAUCAAUAGUAACAUCAGCACCAGUAGUAGCCUAAGUUUAAAUAGUAAUAACAGUAGCAGUUUAGUACAACCAAUUCCUGGAUCGCUGGCAGUUCCGAUGCCACAGCCUCCGCCUGCAACAGCGCCCGCCGCACCGCCACCAAUUGCUCCUAGUGUUCAUCAUCCAGGAUUGGAUAGUGCGGCAGCGGCAAGUGGAAGGACAAACAGUCCGGCGGUCGCCACCGGAGCAGUGCACACAGCUACAGCGCCUUCAGUGAAUGGUGCCAGUAUAGCUGCCAAUGGCGGUACAAGUAGUAUUCCGCCGUCGGUACCGUACCGGACGCCAUACCCAAACUAUCCGCUCUAUGCUCCGUACAACAACUUGCACCACAGCCCGUAUCUGCCUCCAGCAGUGCCAUCGCCGACAGCUUCACCACGCACCAUUGAUGCCCGAACUGGCAAUCGGGAGUCACCGCUGAUAGUCUCGAAGUCUGUGCGGCCGCACACGCCGUCGAGUGGGGGUGCUGGCAUGAUGACCGGUGCCAAUAAUGGUCUACCGAUUUCUUCUCCAGGACAAACUGGUCCGCACGGAACAAUACCCUCAUCACCACAUCCCCAGCAGUCACAAUCGCCAUACGGACCACCACCCCAUAUGAUGGGAGUCCCGUCGGCGAAUAGCGGCAAUGUGCAGCAGCAAAAUCUUCCACCAGGCAGCAUUCUCAGGGAUCAGCAGUCAUCGUUAAGCGCCCAACUACAACAUCAGCACCAACAGCAGCAACAGCAUAUGCAACGACAGCAACAAUUGGCGUUAUCGCACCAUCAUCAACAACAACAGCAGCACCAGCACCAGCAAGCUGCUGCUGCACAGCAUCAACUGGCGAUGCAAUCGCAUCAACAUGCUCAGCAUAUGCAGCAGCAACAGCAGCAACAACAGCAACAGCAGGGACCGGGACAACCGCACCAGAUGCAUCAGCACCCCUCUGUUGCCGGCCUUGGUGUGAACAGUUCAUCAUCUGUGAUUCCACGAACUCAUUCGCCGAGAGGACAUAGUCCGAAUCGGGAACGGGAAAGUUAUAGUAGUAAUGUAAGUAGUUUGUCGAGAUCCUCGGCAACGACGCCGGGUGGCAGCGUUGGAUUGCCCUACAAUACUGCUCCACAAACUGGACCAUCGCCAUCAGCUCUGCAACAGCAUUACAAUAGUAACAGCAGUAGCAGUAGUAGCUCACAUGGUGCGACCUCCUCGCCACUGUCACUGCCCCCGACAUCAAUUGGUGCCCCAACCACUCCUUCUAGUCUACCAUAUCCUCCGAAGAACUCCUGGCCACCAAGCUCAACUAAUGCGACGCAACUAUCCCCGGCCACAACGAGUACAGUGACGCGACCUACACCUCCUCCAAAUCAACCGCAGCAACAGCAACAGCAUCAGCAACAACAGCAGCAGCAACAACAACAGCAGCAGCAUCAGCAACAACAGCAGCAACAACAACAGCAACAACAGCAGCAGCAACAACAACAACAGCAGCAACAACAGCAGCAACAACAGACUUCUUCGAGUAGUGCUAACUCAGCUUCGCCACACCAUUCGUCGGCGUCAACGACGCAUUCCACAUUUCAACCGCCAUUGUUUGCUGCGCCGCAUCCGCCACCAGUCGCUGUUAGCUCAGCAUCCACUACAGCUCCCCAUCCAUUUUCCGCAGAAUCUCUCUUCCAGUCGAGCAAAACCGAUCAAGCAGAUCUCCUUCGUCGUGAGUUAGACAGUCGAUUCCUGGAUCGUUCCGGUUUGGCUGUUCCACCUCCAACAUACUUGCGGCAAGAACUCCACCAUCAUCAGCAUCAGCAUACGCACCUGCAUCAGCACCAGCACCAACAGCUGAUGCCAUCUGCGCCGCCACCGGCUGCAACGUCAAUGUUUCCCCCGCCUCUCUUCAAGGACAUACCCAAAAUGGGUGCCGUUGAUUCGCCUUUCUAUAGGACCAGUCUGGGUAUUCCUGGUUAUCCAGGCUAUUCGCCCAGUCUGCUGCACCCCGGACUUGGCGGUCCGACACCGUUUGUGCCUCCUAGCCAUCUGCCAUCUUUUGCUCCAAAGCAACCAACCCCGAUCGUUGAUCCCACUAAGCCUAAGCAAAUGAAAACUGGUCGAUGGAAUGCAAUGCAUGUGCGAAUAGCGUGGGAGAUCUACUACCACCAGAAUAAACAAAAUCCAGAUAAAGCAGCAGCUGCAGCAGCAGCCGCAGCGGCUUCAUCUGGCAAUUCAAAUAGUUCAUCUGGAUCAGGUGCACCUCCUCCAUUGGGCUUGAAACCUUCACCAGCUACAAUGAAUGAUAUAUUGCGUUCCUCAUCGCAUAUGUUUAAUUCAUCAGCAGCGGCAGCUGCAGCAGCUGCAUCUGGUUUGCAUAGACCUAGUGAAAUGCCACCCUCAAGUGGGUAUCCGCAAGGUCUUCCCGGACGAUCGCCAUUCGAAACGUCGCCACUUUCGGCGAGUUUCCUUGGAGCACCUCCUAGUCAUAUGGGUACAGCAGUCUCACCAUUCGGACGGUAUCCUGGGCCAUUUGUUGGCUUUGCUGGUUUGACGCACUUCGGUCGGGAUAUUCCAAUGGGAGCAGCCAUUCAUGAUCCAUGGAGAACGAGCCUUCAAAGAACGGUUGGCUAUCCUCCUGGUCCUGCGCAAGGCGCCUGGCCUCUGAAACCUGAUCCUGGACUGGAUGCAGCUCGUCGAGAAGCUGAGGAACGUGAACGGGAGCGUGAGCGUGAGAUACGCGAACGUGAACACCGUGAACGUGAACGACAGCGCCGUGAACGCGAAGAACGUGAACGCAAGGAAAAAGAGGAAAAACUAAAACGCGAACAGCAAGAACGAGAACGCGAAAGGGAAAGAGAGCGUGAGCGCAAAGAACGCGAGCGACGUGAAAUGGAGCGUCGGGAAAUGGAACGCGAGCGAUUGAUUCAGCAACAGAGAAUCAAUGAGAGCUCGAAAAUGGCAGCGGCAGCUGCUGCUGCAGCCAAUUCAGCUGCUCGUGAUAGAUCUCCGCUGAGGAACGGUACGACCGAUGGCCCAGAUAUUCGAAUAAAAGAGGAACAUCCUCGCAUCGAUACCCGCAAAGAGGAGGAGAUGAUGAUGAGAUCAGACCAGCGGUACCACCAAAGCCUAGCUGCUGCGCAAGCAGCAAGUGCCGCCCAUCAUCCCUUCAUGACAGCUCGACACGGGGGACAUGUUCUUCCUCCACCACCUCACCUCUCCCGCUCAAUGAUGCCACCCACAAUGGGAGGCCCCCCACUAACCCACUUUGCCCCGCCUGGUGCUGCUGGCUGGACAAUGGACCCCUAUCGUGAUCCAUACGGCCCCAUGCUGCGCUAUAACCCACUAGUUGAAGCGGCCUUCCGACAUGAAGAAGAACGCCAAAAAGCCAUGGGAAUUUAUGCCAUGCAAUCUGCGGCCCAUCUCCGAGGCAAAGAACCUAGUCCUAUUCCGCCAGCAGUUGGCCCACCUCCACCUCAUCACCGAAUGCAACAAGUCAACCACAAGCCACAACAACCCCCGCCCCAUAUGCAGGGUAUGCAAGUCUCUGUAGACAUGCAUAAAAAAGAAGACAAUGCUCCAGCCCGAUGAUAGGCUGUCGAUCAGCAACAAAAACAACACUUUGGAAAUGUAUAAAGCAAACAAUUUAUUUUAAAUUAUAUCUAUUUGAGGAUAGUUGUAC